UCCGGCAGCGCAGCAUAGCUCCGGGCGCUGCAGCGUACGCAGUUUCCAUGGGGACGGAACAUGGCGCCGCGAGAUAAAAGAUUGUCCUCAACCCCUCUGGAAGUCCUGUUCUUUCUGAAUGGGUGGUACUAUGCUACCUAUUUCCUCCUGGAGCUCCUUAUUUUCCUGUACAAAGGUCUCCUGCUGCCAUACCCAACAGCCAAUCUAGUCCUGGAUGUGGUGAUGCUGCUCCUUUAUCUUGGCAUUGAAGUAAUACGAUUGUUUUUUGGUACAAAGGGAAACCUCUGCCAGCGAAAGAUGCCCCUUGGCAUUAGUGUGGCAUUGACUUUCCCAUCUGCCAUGAUGGCUUCCUAUUACCUGCUGCUGCAGACCUACGUGCUCCGCCUAGAAGCUAUCAUGAACAGUAUCUUGCUCUUCUUCUGUGGCUCAGAGCUGCUGCUUGAGAUACUCACGCUGGCCACCUUCUCCAGUAUGGACAGGAUCUGAAGUACAAGAAUUCCAGCUGGUAGUCCAUCAGGGUGACAGCACAUAUUCAUCUGGUACUUCAGCCACACUUGUGAACAGUGGUAGGUCGAGCUGACCUGGGAAAGGUUUGUGUGGUUUUUCCUCAGCACAGACGUUUGGGCAUUGAGCACCUACCUGAGGCCAGUGGCACCAUCUUUAAAGCAGGAUCAGCAGCAGCAAAUUCUUUCCUUUUGUUGUAAGGAGGGGCAAGGCUGUCCCCAUCUUGGUGUUUCUAACAGCUUCCUAACGACCUCAAGUUCUCUUCUGUGGUCAUCAUGGCCAGAGUUCCCUGUGUGGACCAUCUAGUUUUGUUGGGCUUCCAGCGGAACCUGAGCCACAGCACCACAUAACACGCACAUCUAUCCUAUAUGACCAUGGAAAACUGUAAAAUGGUGGGCUCUUGGGCUGAUUCCAAUGUGUGUUCUCCACCCCCAGUCCUGCUCAAAGAGAUGGUGAUCCAGAACCCAUUUAGUAGUUCAUAGUAGUAGUUUUCUAUUCUGAUCAUGAAGCAAACACACAUUUUUAAUAAAGUAUUUUCUGGUA